AUGCUACACAACACUACACCACACAAACGCUACACAACACUACACUACACAAACGCUACACAACACUACACUACACAACGCUACACAACACUACACCACACAACGCUACACAACACUACACUACACAACACUAAACCACACAACGCUACACAACACUACACUACACAACACUACACUACACAACACUACACAACACUACACUACACAACGCUACACUACACAACGCUACACAACGCUACACUACACAACGCUACACAAUACUACACCACACAACGCUACACAACACUACACUACACAACGCUACACAACACUACACUACACAACGCUACACAACGCUACACAACACUUCACUACACUUGA